AUGGCGCCUCAAACGCUCAAGGACGAGGAGAAGAUCUACGGUCUUAUCAACUACGAAGACCUUUACGUCCAACCUCUCAUACUAGCCGCGUUAGAAAAGCGCCUCCCAUCUGCAACCUUCGAACUAAUUUCUUCCCUCACACAAUUACCAUCACCAGCAUCGCGCCUACUGCAGUUCGUUCAAUAUGAAUCCAUCGACUUCGACCACCUGAUGGAACAUUCUUCGACAUCGCUAGCAAAUGCCUACAUCAUUCGCAAAGCCCUCAUCCGGAAACACUACCUAUCCACCACAAUUGCUAAUUGGAUCACCAAAUAUCCGGACUCGGCGCUAAAAAAGCAUGUCAAGCCUAGUGUGGAGUUUGAAGUUGAUUAUGCGGACUUUUUGGACGAUGCGCUUGUUGAGGCGUGGGAGUUGAAGGAAAGUUGGGCAAAGAACGAGACUACGGAAGAGCCCAGCAAGCGAGAGUGGUGGAUUUUGAAACCGGGAAUGAGCGAUAGAGGUCAGGGUAUUAGAUUGUUCUCGACUGAGGAGGAACUGACAGAUAUCUUUGAGGAGUGGGAUCCUGAGAGUGAUGACGAAGAAGAAGAGGGGGAUGAAACAAACGCUCGCAGCGAUGACGGAAAUAUCCGUGCAAGGGAGGCAAAAGAGGAAAAGGAGGAGGGCAACGGCAUCAUAACAUCCCAACUCCGCCACUUUAUUGCACAGCCAUAUAUCCAUCCACCAUUACUCCUAUCGCCACCGAAGAGCAUAAACGAAUCCGGAGACAGUUUGCGGAAAUUUCAUAUACGUACCUACGUUUUCUCCCUAGGUGCCCUACAAGUCUUCAUCUACAAGCCUAUGCUCGCGCUCUUUGCCGCACGCUCUUACAUUCCGCCAUGGGAUCAAGUGCUCCAGGAAGACCGCGACGAGGCGAUGAAAGCACACUUGACAAAUACAUGUCUGCAGGAUAGUGGCGACAGGGAAGGGAGUGUUGGCUUGUUCUGGGAGCUCCCGAAUGACUUGCCUGCGCAGUCGGAUUUCAAUGGUGGCACUAGCCGACUGAACCAAAAGAACGGAGAUAGUAGCUGGAAAGACAAGGUCUUCGAUGAAAUUUGCCGGAUAACGGGCGAAACGUUCGAAGCCGCAGCGCGUGGCAUGAGUAUACAUUUCCAACCGUUGCCCAACGCCUUCGAAAUCUUUGGGCUGGACUUCAUGGUUGGUAUCGAGCCAAACGGAGAACUGAGGACGUAUCUACUUGAGGUCAAUGCGUUUCCGGAUUUCAGACAGACGGGAGAUGAGUUGCAAGGGUUGGUGGAGGGAUUGUUCGAGGGGGCUGUGGACAAGGGGAUCAUACCAUUCUUUGGCGUUGGCGGAGACAAGGGUAAUGCGGGAAUAAAGACAAGCGAAAACGAGGAUAUGGUAAAGGUGUUGGAUAUUGAUCUCGGACGGCGGUAG